AUGGGGUGGUCAUCACCUUCACAAACUCCAACCACAGCUACCCCAACUCGGGGUCGUUUCACUGGCAGUUUCAAUUCAAGAACACGUGAACAAGAAGAAAUUCCUCUUAACGCCUCGUACCGCCAUGUAAAGAAUAUAGAUUUACUGGAAAAUGCCCAGGACCCUGGUAAGGUGAAAGAAUAUUUGUUUGUUGGUCCAUCACCUCCAGCAGAUGAUGCACCUAACAUGUAUCACAGUUUUGAUGUACUGGCACCCGAUCCUGAAGCCAAAUUGACCGAAGAAGCUGUGCGAAGAGGCCUUUGCGAAAGAGCUCAAACAUUAGGCGCUGGGCGAUUUUUUGAUGACGUGGAGUGUGGAUUAAUAACUGCUGAAAACAUUGAAGAACACAUUAGCUCAGCACCGGAAGUAGUAGUUAAUUUAACUUUGCUUUGGGUGGCAUUUUUAACUCGCGAUGAGUUGCUACCACCGAUCUUGGACGCUGGAGCAGAUAUACAUCAUUCAGAGUCGGCGGGUCUUACAGCUUUACAUUUAGCCGCCUUCAGUGGAGCUGGGAGAGGAGUUAUGUAUUUACUUUCUCGUGGUGCUGAUGUUGAUUUUGCGCCAAAAUAUUUUGCCCCACUGCAUUGCGCUGCAUUUGGAAACUCUUUAGAAACGGCUGAAGUUCUAAUUGCUUCAGGUGCUUCGUUACAUGCCGUCGUACAAAGAGCUGGCUGUGAAGAUAAUCUUGUACACUGCGCAGUUAGAGCUGACGCUGUAGAGUGUAUGGAACUAUUUAUAGAAAAAGGUGUCGAUCCAUCCUACGUAACGUCAGGAGGUUUAAAUGCAAUGCACUUGGCAGCAGAACUUGGCGCUCAACGUUGUCUCGCUUACUUGCUUAAGGAAACAAAGAUAAGUGUGAAUGGUGUAACUAAACAGAGAGAUAAAGAAAGCACGGCUUUACAUUUAGCAGCUACCAGAGGUUUUGCAGAGUGCGUAGAGUUAUUGUUAGCCGAAGGUGCUAAGGUUAGUAUAAAAAAUUACAAAGGGUUAACAGCUCUUCAUCUUGCUGCGCGAUGUUCAAGUUUAGAAUGUGUCGAAGUUCUUUUAAGAGACGGUAACGCGGAUGCUAAUGCCGAAGAUUAUGAUAAGAGGACACCUUUACAUGCCGCAAUAAGUCGAUCAGAAAGAGCUUGCGACAUAAUUGAUAUGCUAGUUAGCUGGGGAGCGCAAGUCAAUAAGAAAGACGAGUAUGGUUAUUCCCCUUUGCAUUUGGCCGCUAUGGACGGUUUAACGGCUUGCGUUGAGACAUUGAUUUUCUUAGGUGCCGAUGUAACUUCGAAAUCAAAGAAAGGUCAUACUGCAUUGAGUGUAAUAACUAGGAAAACACCCAAAUCUCUUGCGAUUCUAAGAUAUAACUUAGACUGCGGAAUUUCCCUUAGUCGUUCCUCAGAAGGUAAUGAAGAAAUUCAAAUCGAGUUCGACUUUGGGAGAUUACUGAAGUUUUCUUACCCCCGUGAAAUCACUUACUUAAACAGUUUCGUCGACGAGGGGCAAAAAGAUAUUUUGCAACAUCCGUUAUGCUCUGCAUUUCUUUACAUGAAAUGGCAAAAGAUAAGAAAAUUUUACUUGGCUCGAUUGAUCUUUUGUUUCUUGUUUGUGACUUUUUUGUCUAUUUUCGUGUUGACUGCUGUUGUGAUAACUUGCGAAGGAAAAUAUGCAAAUAAAUACGGAGUACCAAACGAGCUUUGUCAAAAUCAGUCUAUUAUAGGCGACAUUUUAGAAGAUAAUCCUAUACACAUUGAAAGAUGGGUUCUGAUUGUAAUUACAAUUUUCGAAAUUAUGCGAAAACUAACAGGUAUAACCGGAUACUCUAGUAUUUAUCAAUAUUUUACUACUUUUGAAAAUUUGAUGGAGUGGUUUGUCUUGCUUUCAGUGUUUUCAUUAUAUAAUGUUCAUAAAGAUUAUAGCUGGCAAAACCACGUCGGAGGGUAUGCUGUUCUAGGGGCCUGGACAAAUCUAAUGCUAAUGAUGGGUCAAUUGCCUAUGUUUGGAGAUUACGUAGCCAUGUAUCAAAAAGUUCUAAAAGAAUUCCUUAAAUUACUGCUAGCGUACGUAUGCGUUUUACUCGGAUUUACUAUUUGUUUUUGUGUAAUAUUUCCUAACGAAGAGAUGUUUGCUAACCCGUUAAUUGGAAUUAUUAGCACAUUGUCAAUGAUGGUCGGUGAAUUGAAUCUGGGUAUACUUAUUAACGAUCCUACAAAAGAUGAUCCGCCAUUGGUAUUCGAACUAUCAUCUCAAAUUAUAUUCAUAUUAUUCCUGAUGUUUGUCACCAUAAUCUUGAUGAAUUUGCUCGUUGGUAUCGCUGUUCACGAUAUUCAAGGUCUCCGGAAAACCGCCGGGCUAUCUAAACUAGUUAGACAAACCAAGCUUAUCUUGUUCGUUGAAAUGGGUAUGUUCAGUGCAUUGCUUCCAAAAUGUCUUCAUAAAUAUGUGUACAGGACUGCAUUAGUGUCUCCAGAAGCAGGUAAAGUCAUACUUAGCGUAAAGCCGUUAAAUCCGCGCGAAAAACGAUUGCCAACAGACAUAAUGAUGGCUGCAUAUGAAUUGGCUCAAAUGAACAAGGUCAAGACUGGAAGAUCUGUGAAAGAAAUAUUGUACAAGAAUAAGUACUCAUCCAAAUUCAAAAACGAGUCUCAACCAAAUGAUCAUAGCUUUAGUAUUGAAAUUAAAGGAAUGCAAGAGAAAAUUGAUCAAACUACAUUUAAUUUGAAGAAAAUAGACCAGGAGAUGCGCCACUUAAACACAUUGUUGUUGGAACAACAAACGUUAUUGCAGAAUCUGGUGAAAAAUAUGGACCGAUCGUAUUACUAUACUACUCAGAUGUCGUACUCUGAAUCUCCUGUCUUCUUCCCGAAUAACGCAUCCGACAUAACUGUUAUUAAUAAACACUGAAUCUAGUAAAAAGCAACUUAUUUAUAGAAAAUUAUUGACAUACAUAUCAGGGUGACUUUACCAUAAGUAUAGACAUAUGAGUGAAUAUGUGUAAAAUGAAUACAGUCGAAAUUCGAUGUCGAUUAUGUAUUUCAGUGUCAAAAAGUACACUGCAGAUAACAGUGAUUUAAAAUGUAACUAAACUGACGUAAAAAGAUUGUUUUGUUUAACGUAAUUAUUAAUAUGCGCAAAAAGUAUUACAUACAGUGUUAUCUCAUUUGUAGAAUUUAACUUUGUAUUUACCACUGGCUGAGCAAUGAAUUUAUCAUUUCAAGCUCGA